AUGGUAGAAACACAUCAAGUUGCCAUAAUGAUUGGGAACCAACAUAUUCCAGGAUCGCCUUUCAAUAUUUCUGUUCCAAACAGAGGGUGGGUACAGACAGUGGGAAAAGUAGCAACUGAUGGAAAGUUUGGAUAUCCCUGGGGACUAUCCAAUAAUAAACAUGGCGACUUUGUCACAGCUGACAGACGGAAAAAAAGAGUGACAAUUCAUGACAGAGACGGAAAUUACAAACAAUCAUUCAGAUUUACUGGUCAGUUUCCGGGGCCAUUCAGUCCAUGUGAUGUAGCAAUAUCAGAUGAAAAUGAAUACUUUAUGUUGGAUGAUAUUAACAAACAAAUUGUUGUGAGUGAUGAAAAUGGAAAGAUGAUUAGAAAGUUUGGUAGAUCUGAAAUUCACAAUCCAUUUGGAAUUGCAAUUAAUCCUGUUAAUAAGAAUGUCUAUGUGAGUGAGUAUGAUAAAGAUUGUAUUAGAAAGUAUACCAAUAGUGGCGUGUACAUAAAGUCAUUUGGGAGAAGUGGAGAAAAACAAGGAGAGUUCAAUAGACCAUACAUUUUAGCUAUUAACAGUAAAGGGUUGGUGUAUGUGCCAGAUUGUUACAACCACCGUAUCCAGGUAUUCAAUUCUGAUGACCAGUUUUUAUUUGAAUUCUCUUCAACUGGUUACAGUACAAUGCGUUAUCCUAAAGCAGUGGCCAUAGAUAAGAAUGAUAAUGUAUAUGUGAAUAGUGAGCAUAAAAUCACUAAGCAUGACAGCAAGGGUCAGUUUAUUUGCAGGAUUGAUAGUGACAAUGAUGGACUGACCAGUCCCUUUGGUGUAGCAGUAUGCCAUGAUGGUAGAAUAGCUGUAGUGGACAGCAGAAAUGUUUGCAUCAAAGUAUAUGCUUCACAAGAUAUAGUUUUCAAGGGUAAAUAA